AUGCGCCAGUUCCUGGCGGGCCUCGUCUUCUUGUGCCUGGCUGCCUUUGGCACGGCCGCGGACUACCACGAGCAGCUGAACCUCCGACCGCUGCCCCUUUCCGCGCUGCUGGCGAGCUUCAACUUCCGGUCCAACACCUCGCUGGCCGAUUUCGAGUCGCAAAACUUCCGCUACUUCCCCCGGUCCCUGGGUCAGAUCUUGCAGUACGCCGGCACCCGCGAGUUACAUCUGCGUUUUAGUCUGGGGCGAUGGGACGCCGAGAGCUGGGGGAGCAGGCCGUGGGAUGGCCAACGUGAGGGCGGAACGGGCGUGGAGCUGUGGGCUUGGCUGGAGGCAGAGACGGAUGAAGAGGCUGACCAGAAGUGGUUGACGCUUACCAAUGCCCUUUCGGGCCUCUUCUGCGCCUCGCUGAACUUCGUCGACGGAACUCGAACUACACGACCGGUCAUGUCAUUCCAACCCGAGGGCGACCACCCGGAAGCCUCCAUACCGAACAUGCAGCUUCUGCACGGCGUCCUUCCGAAAGAAGUGGUUUGCACCGAGAACCUCACUCCGUUCUUGAAGUUGCUUCCUUGCAAGGGCAAGGCGGGCAUAUCGAGCUUGUUGGACGGUCACAAGCUAUUCGACUCCUCCUUCCAGAGCAUGGCUAUCGAUAUCAAGCCCGUCUGCCCCGACGGCCAGGAGUGCGUGCUGCAAAUUGAGCAGACAAUCGACAUGGUUCUGGACAUCGACCGCUCCAAGCGCCCCAGAGACAACCCAAUCCCCCGUCCUCCGCCCGGUCACGAGCUCAAGUGCGAUACAUCGAAGCCCUACCAUUCUGAUGAUACCUGCUAUCCUGUCAGCUACACGCUCGGUCAAGACUGGACGUUGUCCCAACUGUUUGGAAAGCCCGUCAAGGGCAUUUGCCCUCUUACUGAUGGCGACGUGCCGCCUGUCUGCAUCGAGGUUCCCCAUUCCAGAGGCGUCUUUACAUCUGGCGGUGCUCAAGAGCUCCUUAACCCGAACGGGGCAUCGCGGUGCUUCAAGUUCGACCCAGAGUCUGAGCUGGAGAUUGUUCUUCCGUUGGAGACUAAAGAAGGCCAUGACGCUGCCAACGAGCUUGUUGCGCCUUCUACCCCUCUCAUCUACGCCGAACGCAGCUUUACCGGGCACGGCCAAGAACACGGUGGCAUGCAGGCUAUCCUCACCAACCCUAGCAAAGAUACCGAAGUGGAAUUCAUCUACAUGGAGUCUCUGCCUUGGUUCAUGAGGGUGUACCUUCACACCCUGAACGCCCGAAUCGAGGGUUCAUCAGGCUCUCAGCCCUCGAUUAUCGAGGAUAUCUACUACCGCCCUGCCGUCGACCGAGCCAGGGGCACGCAACUGGAACUGCGCAUGCGCAUCCCUCCCGCCUCCACCGUCUUCCUCACAUAUGACUUCGAGAAGUCCAUUCUACGUUACACAGAAUACCCCCCUGACGCAAACCGCGGCUUCGAUAUUGCUGCGGCAGUGAUUACGACUCUGAGCCCACGUAUCCAGAGCACGCGGACAACCACUUUGCUGCUGAACCUCCCGACACCGGAUUUCAGCAUGCCUUAUAACGUGAUCAUCUUCACGUCAACCGCGAUCGCUCUCGCUUUCGGCGGCAUGUACAAUAUCUUAGUUCGGAGACUCGUCGGCGCCGACGAAGGCCCAAGCCCUGUGCUCAAAGCCAAGUUGGGCAGAUUAUUGGGCAAACUCAAGGGAAGAGUUUCGGGAAAGAAAUAA